AUGGACGGUGGAAUAUUGGAACCUUCUUUAUACAGCAUCAAAGCUCUAGCUAUAUUAGAUAAUGAUGGUAACAGAUUAUUAGCAAAGUACUAUGAUGAUACGUUUCCAACAGCAAAGGAACAGAAAAAUUUUGAGAAAAAUCUCUUCAAUAAAACACACAGAGCUAAUGCUGAAAUCAUUAUGUUUGAAGGUUUAACAUGUGUUUAUAAAAGUAAUGUUGAUUUAUUUUUCUAUGUUAUUGGAUCAACACAAGAAAAUGAGUUGAUAUUAGGCAGUGUUUUAAAUGCAAUGUAUGAUUCAAUCAGUCAAAUAUUAAGAAAGAAUGUUGAAAAAAGAGCUUUAUUAGAGAAUUUAGAUGCUGUUUAUUUAGCUGUUGAUGAAAUAUGUGAUGGAGGUAUUAUCUUAGAAGCUGAUUCAAUAGCAAUAGUACAUAAAGUAGCUAUCAGAAAUGAUGACAUUCCCUUAGGUGAACAAACAGUUGCCCAGGUUUUACAGUCAGCUAAGGAACAGAUAAAAUGGUCUCUAUUAAAAUAA